AUGACUCCUCCAGCUCCAAAUUCAACAAAUAAAGUCAGGGAGUCGUCUCAAAACAUGCAUUCCUAUUCAAUGGAUAGAAUACGUUUGGAAUCGAUCGAGAAGAGGAAACAGGAGUGUGCACAAAUCAUCAAAGAAAGGAAACGAAAGCUGUCAGAACUAUACUGUGUUGCACGGUUGCCCUUUGUGCCCAUCUCUAGCGAUCAUGUUCAACAUAUAGAGGACAAGUUGAUGGCUUUUUUGGAGAAGAAUGAUUUGGAAAAUGGUCAUUCAUUUGAUAUUUCUUUUCUAUCCAAGGAAAAAAUAUUCAGGAAAUCAAUGUCUCCUCAACAACAGUCCACUCCUCCAGCCAUAAACCGUUCAAACAGCCAACAAGGAAACAACGAGCCGCCAAAGAAGAUACGUAAAAUUGAAACUCCAGCUAGAUUGGGUUCUAAUGAGUCUACUCCAGUUCCAUUUCCAGUAGAAUCACAGAAGUCUUCAUCCCCUGAAGGAGUCAAGCAACUUCUGCCUAAAAUUGCACCUAAACCAUCAACUACACAAUCAAGUGACAUCUCUUCACCAAUAUCCAAACUCAUACCAUCGAAGGUUGAUCAUGAAGGACAGAAGAAUAAACCAGCAUCACCAAAAGACCCUUUAACUGAUUCUCGGACAUCAUCUGUUGAGAAAACCAGGAAAGAGGAAGAAAAUAGGUCAAGGAUAGCCGACGAAGCUGCCAAAACUGCUGAUAAACUAGUUUCCGAAGUCGAAAAACUGAUUGAUACAAAGAAUGAUGAAUUUAUUGAAAAGGAAAAGGCAGACGAUAAGUUGAUUUCUGAGAGGGAUGACAAGAAAGUAUCAAAUAGGCAGGAUUCACCAAAGGUGAAUCCAAAGUCCGGAGAACCGAAUGUAUCAAAUGAACUGGCGAAUGACGAGGUCAAAAGGACACAUAGGCCUAAUGAGUCAACGCAAGAACAAGAUAUUGUGCCAACACAAAAGCAAAGCAACUUACCAAGUACUACUAAUCCAGUUGAUGCCAGUGCAGGAUUACGCCUUAAAAAUGUGACUGAAGAAACACACAGGAUCAAACAUAUUACCAAACCGCUAGAUCAAAAUGAUCCUCCUUCAUUGUUAGACAUGGUUUCAGAAUAUGCGAAAGAUCCAAAAUUGAAGCGAGCCGAUGAAAGAUCAGAUAGAGAUUUAGACUACAAAGAUAUUGAUAUAAAAAAGUUAUUGAUUACCCUGAUGCCGGAGACGAAACCCCAUAAGGUUGCAGAGGCUAGAUCAUUGACAGAACUGUACUACCAGCAACAAACACUUCAGUUACAGAAAUUACUAUUACGAGCUCAUAAGACAUUAACGACGGAUGCAUUUGAAGCUUCGUUGAUAGAAGGUAAAGUUUCUGUUCUUCAUUCUCGUAUUGAAGAGUUGAAGAGAAAGAAUAGUUGGUCGCUAAGACAACCGCGUAAGCUUGUGGAUCCUUUCAUUAAGAUAGGAAAGAAAACUCAUUGGGAUAAUUUAUUGAGCGAGGCUAAAUGGCUAGCUACUGAUUUUAGGCAAGAGAGACGAUACAAAGCGGCUCAAUGUGUAUACAUUGCACAAGCUGUUCUGGAUUACUGGACUUUUGGUAAGGUUUGUUGUAUCAAAAGAGCGCCAAUUAAUUUCUUGCCAGAAGAUAAUGCAGUACCAGAAAAUUCUGGCGACAACUUAAGUCCAUCUGAGGAUGUGUUAACUAAAGAUCCGGUGAUGAGUAGUUGCAUUGAAGCACCAACUGAAGGAGCCACAGAAUUAGAAGAAGAUAUAGAACAAAUGCAGGUGAUUGAUGAGCCGGAAAGGAUUGGGGUUCCAGCAGAGAACACCGAAAAAUUUCCGUUGAAAGAGAAUGCAGCCCAAUUAUAUGCCAAAAUGGACUUAGAUGAAAACGUUAUAACAGACAAACUGGAAACCCCAAUAGUCAAGCAGCAGAACAUACCCGAGUUCACGUAUCCUGACUAUGAGAGUAUAACUAACAGCAGAUACACGCCAUUCAAUCUCUAUGCUGAUUUUAACCAGUUCACUGCAACCGAAAAGACCGUUAUUAAUAACCUAUCUUGCUACAACCCCUUUGAUGACAAAUCUCCAGAUCACAUAGUUGAAAGGGAAUUGUACGGUCAUGUUUCUGCAAUGUUGCCUCCAAUAGAUGAGGAGGCACAGUUUGAAAAAAUUCUCUAUAGAAAAAUUGAAGAUAAUGAAAAACGUGCCCAUAGAUCACAACACGGAUUAUUUGGCCCAUAUAGAAGAAUCAAUAUUCUUAAACCACCAAGACCUCCACCGAUAUCCCAAUUAAAGAUAAGAAUCCCUACUAUCUGGCUACCACAGGAUGAUAAGUACUUGAUCAAGUAUGUUUCAGAGUUUUCCUUCAAUUGGGACGUCAUUUCGGCACAUUUGUCGGCAAAACCAACAAGAAGCUAUACUUCGAACAUCGAAAGAAGAACACCAUGGCAAUGCUUUGAAAGGUAUAUUCAACUAAAUGAUAAGUUUCAAUUUUCAGAUAUGAGAGGGUUACAUGCCAAUGAUGCGAAGCUCUGGUUGGAAGAGGCCCAUAAAGUACAAGCUACAACAAAAAGAAGGAUUUCGCCGCUUGGAGUAGGCAUAGAUUCUAUACAAAGAGGUAACAGAAGAUUAAGAUGGGCCUCUAUGUUUGAUGCCAUGAGGAAGUUGAUGAAAAAACGUGAAUUAAUGUCGAAGCCGCCACCACAACCUCGGAAGGUGAAUACAGAAUCCAAAAAAAGUGAUACUCCGACUCCAGAGGAUCUAUCAAAACUUAAAAAUGAUAGAGAUAGGGCUCUGCAAGAAACGUAUGCUCAACGUGCGUCUAAUCAAGUAUAUUCUAGAAUGAGAAAUGACAAUGGUCAAGAGCAAAGUGAAAGCAGAAGAGCAGAUGCCAAAUCAGCCAAGGUUCCUACGCAGGUCAACCGAGAUCCUCGUAACGGUGAGAGCAGUAUACAGCCAUCUUCUAACGGGAACAGGUUUACACCUGAACAGGUUCAAAAGUUGUUGCAAAUCCAAAGGCAAAGACAGUUGUUGCAGAACCAGAAGAAUCAAUCCAAGGGGCUUAUGAAGUCAAGUUCUCAAACAUAUCUUCCAGUGGGCCAACACAUGACACAACAAGGUAGCACAAAACCUGGUCCAAAUGGUUCGUUCAAUUCGAAAACUUCUCCACAGGUUCAGCAAAAUUCUAGAGUGGCACACUCUAUGUCAUCUUCUCCCCAAAACCAAUUUGAGAAUAUCAGAACUAAUUCUCAAAACUCGCAUGUUCCUACUCCAGAGCAAGUGCUGCAAGGUGUUAAGGCUGGUUCCAGCAUACCUACUCCUCAGUCUAAGAUAGUGAGACAACAAGCUUCCUCAAAUACAUUCAAGAAAUCUGUUAAGCCUAAGUUUGCGCUUUCACAUUCUCAAAUCUCCGCUAUUGUGAACCAAAUUCAAAUGCAAAACCCGAAUCUAGAGAAAAGCCAGGUAACACAGUUAGCAAGUUCCUAUAUUUCCAAACUUCAACAGGCCAAACAGAAUCAUUAUGAGAAGCAGCAAGCAGCAAUCAAUGCUAACUCCGGAGCGCCUGCUGUACCAAAUGGGCCAAACACCAACACAACUCCUCAAUCCGGGGAACGGAGAAAUGUAAAUUCCUUGACCCUAGAACAACUAAAUAUGCUUAUCAAGAACCCGAAAUUAAAUGAACAGCAAAGGAAACAUUUAAUGCUGAUACGACAGAGGCAAAUAGAAAUGCAACAGAAACAUCAAAUGCAAGCACAAGCACAAGCACAAGCACAAGCACAAGCACAAGCACAAGCACAAGCACAAGCACAAGCACAAGCACAAGCACAAGCACAAGCGCAAGCACAAGCGCAAGCACAAGCACAAGCGCAAGCACAAGCACAAGCAGAGGUGCAAGCAGAGGUGCAAGCACAAGCACAACAGCAUCUCCAUCAACAACAAUCUUUACAUAUACAAUCUCAAGUUCUCCUGCCAGCACAGGCGUCAUCACCAUCACCCAUUGUUCAGAACCCCAAUGUUAUAGGUGUCUCGAGGGCUGAUCCAAAUAAUACCAGGGUCAAUUCAUCUUCUAUUACUACUAGGUUUUCUCCUCAGCCCGGAUCAUCGGGAAACAAAAUGUUAAACUACUACCACAAGAAUAGUGGAGUGAACAAUGCCAAUGCAUCGAGCCUUCUGAGUGAAGUUGCAAGCAAUAGUAGCAGUGUCGACAUAAGUGGUGACAAUGAUCUCAAUGAUCUCAACAAAAUUGACGAGCUGUUUGGAUUAGGGACAGCUAGUGACACUGGAAACACCCAACAGUGA